AACGUCAAAAGUAAUAAACCAUCAAGAGAACGCUGACCGUAUACACACCGUGAAACAAAAAAUUUAAUUUUCGAUACAAAAAUCCGACGCAAAUUGUGAUUUGUCUCACAUUUUUUUCAGUAACAUUUGGUAAACGUUAAAAUUCAUCAAAAAAAUGGGUGAUUAUCAGACGUCACGGCCGGGUACCGUAGACGGUAAAGUAAAAAUGAAGCUAGCUGACCAGGUGGUUCGAAGUUUUCGUGUAGCCAAAGUGUUUCGUGAAAAUACCGACAAAAUAAAUGCAAUCGAUUUUUCGGCGAAUGGUGAACAUCUGAUUUCAUGUAGCGAAGACGAUCAAAUUGUUAUUUACGAUUGUGACAAAGGCACCCAAACUCGUACCGUAAAUUCAAAAAAAUAUGGCGUUGAUCUUAUUCAUUUCACUCACAGUCAAAAUACAGCAAUUCACAGUUCAACAAAAGUUGACGAUGCCAUUCGUUAUUUGUCAUUGCAUGACAAUAAGUAUUUGCGAUAUUUUCCUGGUCACACAAAAAAAGUGAUUUCGUUGUGCAUUUCACCCGUCGAAGACUCAUUUUUGUCCGGUUCGAUUGAUAAGACGUUACGAUUGUGGGAUUUACGUUCGCCGAAUUGUCAAGGUGUUAUGCAUUUAUCGGGCCGGCCAAUUGCUGCAUACGAUCCAGAAGGUUUGAUUUUCGCCGCUGGUGUCAAUUCAGAAAGCAUCAAAUUGUACGAUUUGCGGUCAUUUGAUAAAGGGCCGUUUGUGACAUUCAAAUUGAAUCAGGAACGCGAAUGCGAAUGGACCGGUUUGAAGUUUUCUAGAGACGGUAAAACCAUUCUCAUCAGCACCGAUGGCCAGUUUAUUCGGUUGGUCGAUGCAUUCCAUGGCACUCCGUUGCAAACAUUCACCGGUCAUUCAAACAAUAAGAAGCUGCCGAUUGAAGCGUCAUACAGCCCUGAUUCACAGUUCAUUUUUGCAGGCAGCGUUGAUGGUCGCGUACACGUUUGGAAUGCGGAUACUGGUUACAAAAUUUGCGCGCUCAAUGGUGAUCAUCCGGCUCCAGUACAAUGUGUCCAAUUCAAUCCAAAGUACAUGAUGUUGGCAAGUGCCUGUACAAACAUGGCAUUUUGGUUGCCAAAUCCAGAAGAUCUAUCGCAAUAGGCUUAAAACGUUAUCAUCUCGUCUCGAUUCAGUACGAUAUCAUUAAAAUUGAAUAAAAUCAAUGACACCACCAAACAUUUUGAAAGACUAAAAAAAGAUAUAAACAAACAAAAAAAAACGAUUGUGAAAGAGUGUUUGAAUACACAAUUUAUUGUUUUUUCUUAUGAUUAAAAGCCAAUAUAUUCAUUCUAUAAAAAUUCAA